CCUAGGGUGCGGAUGAUUGUGUACUCGCCAUUGACAAAUUUUCAUGUAUGUUGUUGUGUUUUUGUUGCUUUUUGGCUGCAAGACCAUGAACACUUACCUGAAUAUCUUACACCCAGCUGUUGGGGAAAUCUUACACCCCCAGCGGUGGCUCAGCCAGUCUUCUUCAGCUUCGCACCUUGCACUGCCUGCAUUCCAUCAGCCAGGAGGAAGACAAUCUCCAUUUGGCCUCUCUCAUCGCCAGGAUCGUCACCAAGGCCUCUCACUGUGGUCGUACUCUAGCUUGUGGGCCGGUGGUUACUGCCCUGGCCCGGUACUUCAACAUCGACCUCUCUGGGUUCACUGUCAUCCUGCCACCGACACCAUUUUCCCGGGAAACCCUACGGCGCCAGUUGAUACUGGAGCGCGACGGGGACGUGACCUGGAUCCGGGGACUUCCUCGACCUGUUCCUCAUGCACCAGAGGGCGAGGAUCCCCCGAGGCGAGCGAUGCUGCCACUCGACGUGGACCCCAUCGGACCACCCGUCGGACCACACCUUCUGCGGCUGGCGCGUCCACUUCUGCUGCCGGCCCGUCUGCUGCUGCCCCCACCUCCUACAUUGCUGAGCAGCUGGCAGCCAUUUCUCGCCAGAACGAGCAGAUCCUUGCUGGCCAGAAGCACAGCAAUGCCCGACUCGACCGUGAGCGCGAAGGUCACUGCCGCAUCAUUUCGGCUCAACAUUACAUGAUGAGCUACUGGGACAUGGACCCUGCUGUUGUUAGCUACCCUUGGGAGGCUUCCACGGGACAUGAGGAUUUCAACCCGCCUCCAGCUGGCGACGGAGGCAAUGAGAACUAAGCUGGCUCUGCCUCCUGACCCAUCGAGUUGGGCUCUGCAUUUGUCUUUCUUUCCAGACUAAGACUCCAUAUUGUGUUUCCUUUUCUUUUGUCCUGUUUAUUUGGAUUAUAGACUUGGAACUAUGGUUUCUUUCACCCAGUGUGUAUAUGUUUUGCUGACUCUAACUCUGUGCCCGUUAGACUGGUCCUUGUCCAGUCCUCUGCUAUAGACUGCUGGUCGGCCCUCCAGUCACCGUUCCUGACCACUUUUUCAUGGUAACAUCGUUCCCCUUCCCUCUGCUCCACUGAGGACACUGUCGCAUUUAAGUGUGUGUGUGUGGGGGAGGGGGGUCUUUGCAUUCAUUGGAACAUAUAUAUAUAUAUAUAUAUGUGUGUGUGUGUUCUUGGAGCCUAGUCUGCUGUCCAAAUCUCAAGAUUUGAGGGCUCCAAGCACUGCUGUUUGCUUGAUCAUAUUGGCACUAUGGAUUUAAUUGGUGAAUUGAAUGACUUUUGAAUUAAUGCAUGACAACUGG